ACGGCCGAGCAAAAGAACAGACUUAUUGUGCGUCCCGGUUUCAGGAAUGCAAAAGUUGGCAGCCCUGCCUACAGUCCAUUGAUACAAUUAGCACUAUAUAUCAAAUUUGUUAGACAUACCUGUAUACAAUUGUACAUAUUUACAUACCUAUGAAUGCCAUGAAGUUCGCUACUCGUGAUAAGAUAAAAGGUAGACUGAGAGGGAAACGUUCGUACAUAUAAACAAAGUGCCUGGGAUUGCAGUGAAGAAAACUUGUUUGAAAUUUUUAUUUUUUCGCAAAGAGCGCAACAUGAGUUGAGCUAUUACUCUAUUCUCCACCGCUUAUUUGAGGCCAAAAUAAACUCAACAUUCAAACUAACAGGUGAGGAUGUACGGACAAAACAAAGCUUUCAUUUUGCUUUUGUGUGCCGCCAGUAGUGCUGUGCUAGGCUUAAAAGUGAAUAACUGCACAGUGUCCAACAAUGCUUCAAUAUCCAGCCCCUUAGUAGAGCCGUGUCCGGCGAAUUCACAAUGCAUGCUGGUUAAUAGUACAUUUAAAUGCAUUUGCCUGCCUAAUUUCCAACAAAAUGCAAUUCCUAUCUCAUUGCCCGACCUGGAACAUGCGUUUAUACCUUAUUGCCUUCUAAAAAAUGUAAGCGACGAAUUGACAAUGCAGCCAGCCGAGGAGCAAUCAAAAAUGAUGUUCUAUAUUCGGUCACCUGCAGAGAUGGAGAAUUUAGUUUUUGCCAUUCUGCUCGUACUACUUGGUGUCAUAUCUGUUGUGGCUAUUGUGUACCUUAUAAAGCUUUUGAGACCUUUGAAAAGGACGAAAGUUGCUUAUGUUAGGCUGAUGCGGCGAAAUAACAAACACCAGCGUUUAGUGGAGGAGGAAGUAUAUGACGGUAUCGCUAUGACUCGACGUGAUGAAAAUGCGCAGUAUUAUUAAAAAUUCCAACACCAUACUCAAGAG